UCAAACAAGCUGUUUUUAUACCAGGAAGGAGCAGGACUUUCUGUGAAAAAGACAAUUUCCUUUUGAGCUUUUUAAGUUUAAAGGUUAGUUAAAAAACCCAAUAUGAGAUCUUGCACCAGCAGCAAACAUUGACAAAUGAGUCCAAUAUCCAAUGGGUCAAUCAUUGCCCCGACUAAACCCUUAGGCUCUCGGUACAAUAUCAGACACAUCUCAGAGGACUGCUCAUUGUUUGUUGAACUGAUGAACAUUGUUUAACUCAAGUCCCUUGCUGAGAAGAGAUCUAACCUCCUUACAUGUUUUGUCAGAAUCUCUUUCAGAAAUGUACCGACCCAUCUUGGUGGCGCUUGCAGUGGUGCUCUGCUCUGCAGCUUUGGUGAAUGAAGGGAAGGUCUUGGUGUUCCCUUUGGAUGGAAGUCACUGGAUCAACAUGAAGGUGAUCAUCGAGGAGCUUCACUCCAGAGGGCUUGAAGUCACCGUGUUGCGCCCGUCAGAUGCCUGGUACAUCAAGCCAGAUUCCCCUCACUACAAGUCCAUCACACUGAAUGUUGCAGGUGGUUUUGAAAAGGACAAUUUUGGCAAAUUUGCAACAAAAACACUGGAGCUGCGACGGCAAGGGGUGUCAUUUUGGACUCGUAUGGCAUUGGAGAUUGAACAGGUGAAAGAGUUCGCCGAGGUGCACAGAGUGUUGCUUCUAAUGAUGCAGGAAAUGUUUGCGGAUGAAAAACUGAUGCAGAACCUCCAUGAUGCCAAGUACGAUUUGGUCCUGACAGAUCUUGUGAUCGUUGGAGGGGUUCUUCUGGCUCACGAUUUGGGUCUUCCACUCGUCCUUAAUGUGAGAUGGACUGUUCAGGGUGAAGGGCAUCAAGCAAUCGCACCUACUCCACUAUCCUACGUUCCCAUACCCUGGUCAGAGUUGACUGAUAAGAUGACUUUCACCGGGCGGGUCCAGAACAUGCUGAUCUACUUCUUCACAUGUUUUCAGUAUUGGUACAUCACAGAUCCAAACUACAAGCCGUUUGUCCAUCGCCACUUUGGCCCAGACCUUGGAGUCUGGGCCAAAGUGGCGAUGUCCUGGACUUGGCGACAGUGAACAGAGACAACUUCCUGGAGGCACUGAAGGAGGUCCUGUAUGAACCGUCCUACAGGGAGAAGAUGAAGGUUCUGUCCAGCCUGCACCGAGAUCAGCCCAUGAAGCCACUGGAUUGGGCCAUGUUCUGGAUUGAGUU